AUGAGUUCCAAAGUAAUCAGCAUAACUUCCACCCAGCACUUCUCCCAAACUCUCCAAUCAUCAACCUACCUCAUCGUCGACUUUUAUGCGGACUGGUGCGGACCAUGUAAAGUCAUCUCGCCUAUUUUCGAACAACUCGCCGCGCAAGAGUCCAAACCCGGCCGCAUCACUUUUGCAAAAGUCAACGUCGACAAUCAGCGUCAAGUAGCCUCGAGUUAUGGAAUUUCCGCAAUGCCCACCUUCCUCGUCCUCAAAGGCUCCAAAGUAAUCGAAACCGUCCGCGGCGCGAACCCCUCCGCUCUCCGAUCCGCCAUCCUCUCCGCAGCAGCAGACGCCGCCAAAGGACCCGCAAAAGCAAAUCAAAGUCCCGUCUUCAGCAGUAAAGGACAGACGCUUGGAGGUGAGGGUUCGGGAUCCAGUAGUAGUAGAGUGGCUUCGGGACCUAGCCUACCCAGCUUGAAUCUCGGACAGCUCUUCUCUGCGCCUGCACCUUUUGCUCAGGGUCGAGGACUUCCGGCGACUAUUGUGCGGUUUCUGGGACUUUAUCUUUCUACGCUGUUUAGCUUUGAUCCGAAUAAGACGGCGGAGGAUAGUCCGUUUGCGGUGAAGAAGACGAAUGUGAGGUCGAGAUGA